AUGAGUCAGAAAUUUAAGAAGGCACGAAAGUGGAUGUCACCACUUGAGAUUAAGUCGAUUGUUGGUGAGAUGAAUUCAAGACUUUUAGACAUGAACGUGAAUACUGUUUACGACAUUAAUCGAAGACUUUACGUCAUCAAACUUUCUAAGACGGAUCUCAAGGAGUUUAUUGUGAUCGAGUCUGGUGUUCGUGUUCACCUUACUCAAUACAACAGAGAUAAAUCUGACACCCCAAACAACUUCACUUCUCGUCUUAGGAAAUACUUAAACAAGAAACGACUUCUUCGAGUCAACCAAAUAGGCAACGACAGAGUUAUUGAAAUCGUCAUCGGCAACGCCACAGAGAAGUACAACCUUAUUAUCGACUUAUACAGUAACGGUAAUAUUUGCUUGACUGAUGCCGACUACAAAAUUGUCUUAACCACUCCGAAUC